CACGGAUCACUUCCGCCUUGUGCGCGGGAGCCGUUUAACUCGCCACUACUUCCGCAUCACGUGACCUUUGCCUCCAGCUGGACUCUUUGCUCAAAUCAACACGGCGGUAACAAUGAGAACUGUUCCCGAAGAACUAACUUCGCUCAUUUCAGACCUUGAGACUUUCCUCUGUGAUGGCCUGAAAGGGGAAAAUCUAAGCAAGAAGGUGAAAGAUAAGAAAGAGGCAUUCAUUAAACGGAUUAAAGAGGUCAAAUUAGGCUUUCCACAGGAUUUCAAGGAAAAGAGUGGAGAGGACUCAGGUGAAGAUGAGGAGGAGGCGGACAGCAGCAGCAACAACGACGCAGGCUCGCUGCAGUCCGAGCGCACCGACAGGGAGGAUGAAACCUAUGAGGGGUCGCAGCAGUCACCACCAAUGGCGGCCCAAGACCUGCAGUCGAUUCUCAUGUCGGGAUACCUGGAGAAACGCAGGAAGGAUCACAGUUUUUUCGGCCAGGAGUGGCAGAAGAGAUGGUGCGCUCUUAGCUAUCGCACCUUCUACUAUUACGGCAACGAGAAAGACAAGCAGCAGAAAGGCGAGUUCAGCAUCGAUGGCUACACUGUCAAAAUGAACACCAGCUUACGGAAAGAUUCCAAGAAGGACUUCUGUUUUGAAGUCUCGGCCCCUGACAAGCGAGUCUAUCAGUUUUGUGCGGCAUCGGUGAAGGAGGCAAAGGAAUGGGUGAAAUGCAUAGACCUCGUUUUGAAAGAUAAGUCUGGUAUCAUCCAAGAAGAAGAAGAAGAGGACGAAGAGGUGCAGGAGGAGGAACAACAAACGUAUGACGAUGUGGGACUUGCACCAGAUACAGACAUUUAUGAAGUGCUCCCAGAAACAAGCAGCGACUUCCAGAACUACUACCAAGGCAUAUGGGACUGUGUCGGGGACCACCCAGAUGAACUCUCCUUCAAGCGCGGAGACACCAUUUAUAUAUUGAGCAAGGAAUACCAAAGCUAUGGUUGGUGGGUUGGAGAGAAAAAUGGAAAUAUUGGAAUUGUGCCCAGAGACUACCUGCUGGAACUCUAUGCUUUAUAAAUACAAGCCUGUGAGUGGAUCAGACCGUCGCACACAAAAGCCGCCAGCAGUAGCUGACUCGCAAGGACCGUUAACUCAUCUCGGCUGCCCCGUCAUGCCGAUUUUUGCGGCCGGCUGCAAGUCAAAGGUCAGUUUUGGCAUGAAAAGCGAGAUAGCGUGAAAAAAUAUUGCGAAGCGAGUGGAGUAUAAUUAACAAUUUAAUUAAUCCUAGACUUCCACACCAUUUAGCUUGCUCCCACUUUGAAUGAGAUUGCGCGGCUGUAUAACAAAAGCGACACAUCAGUCUCGCCUGCCCGGCCCAUUAUCAUUUGGACUGCAAGCGUCUCAUCCCUGCGUCAUUCCUUUGCUCUCAUCUCCUAUCUAUUGGCACAUAUCGACUGUUUCCACAGAGUCUCGGUCACGGAGAUUUAAUAUCGCAAGUCAUGCUUAACUUCUAUGGCUACUAAUGGAUUGUGUAUAAUGUGGCACUUAAAAUGCAUGAGCAGCCACUGAUUUAUCUGUAAUUUGCCUCCACUGGAGCGAAUCUCCCUCAAUACUUGGGGAGCACACCGGAGAAUGUUACGGCGGAGUUUGAACACACUUCCCGCGCAUAAAAUGGAUUUUUGGCCGGGCCGGUGACGGUGAUAAGGGCGAGACGGGCGUGAAAUCGCAAACUUGAGAUUUGAGUCGCCCGCCUGAGAGACGAUACGGGUCUCUCGGAGGCAGACGGACGUCCCCCAAAGGUUCCAUCCGGCGUUGUUGUCAAACCGCGAGCAUGUUAAUUACAGUUUGCUCUCCUCACGUAUUUGCUCUAGUGAUAAAAAUGUGAUUUUUAUAUCCUGUUUGAAUAGUUGUACUGUGGUCUUAGCCAGCUGCAGUAAAAUUACACCCCGCCCCCCCCCCCUUUUUUUUCUUUUUUUUUUAAUUCCCUUUGACCUCUUGGAGGUCACGCAACAUGAAGCAAGGAGCUGUUAGCAGAUCGAUGGGUUGGGUUUAAAGGUGUCUGUGUUGUCAUGGCAGCGGGCUAGGCCACCUCGGCUCAAGGUUAACAGCCGAGGGGCCGCAGUCAUACGCCAUUAAAGGAAGUGGUCGAUGCCGCUGGACAGGUCAGACUGACACCGGCAACGUUUUAAUCGCUCAGACUUUAAGUAAAGAAACAAGCUCUUAAUGCCGCGCAGAUUUAUUGGCCAUCGCCGGGACUGUGGAGUAAUCUUUGUGUGAUUUACUUAACCUCACCUAACAUUAUAUCUUUAAUUGCUGGCAACAAAGUGCUAUAUGAUGAAAAGGAAUGGAGCCCCCUCUUGCAUUAGCAGCCCCAUCUUUUAAGAAUCUAUAGUCAUGAGUUUCCUAUCAGAAACCUUGCAAUAACACAUCCAUCCAUCCAGCCGUCCAUUUUCUAUAGCGCUUUUUCAGCUCAGGGUCACGGCGAGCCGCAGCCUAUCCCGGCUGACUUCAGGCGAUAGGCCGACUACACUUUGGACUGGUUGCCAGUCAAUCACAAGGCAGCAAUUUUCUGUGAUUGCUUUUUUUUUUUAUUUUUUUUUUACACCCUCAGGUCAUAGUUUCUGUAGUCUCUUCUUUCUAAUGUUUUACGCAGGCUGGCAGAAAAAUAAAUCUGUGAAAUUAGUAAGGUACUCUGGAGAAAAAUAAAAAAAUACAAUAUAUUAUAUUUUCUAGUUCAGAUUCAAAAAUCAUCUGUGGAGCACAUUCCAAAAGUAAUUGAUGUUUGAUUUGUAUUUGUUUUGACGUUUUACUGUGUUUUGAGUGCCCGCUAAGGCACAUAUAUUACAAAUAUUUUGUAAUUAUGUUUGGACAAUAUGAAUGUUGAAUAGGUCCAAUAGGACUGUUGCAGGCGAGUGGCUUCGGUUAACACGCGAUGAUGGUGUGAAUGUAAGACGGAAUUGUUGACUUUGCGACCAGUCCAAGGUGCAACUCACAUGAGACAUUGGGCAGAAUAGACGGGAAAGAAAAUAGAUGGUUUGAUGGAAUGUUGACGACAAAGUUUGUACUGUAUCUCCCAAAUACGCAGUAGUCAAUAUGAAACAAAACAAAUCAUGUGUUUGGAUAAAAAUGCUAAAUGCAAUAAAAUCAUUUAUUGAACAAUUUGACAA